AUGCAGCUGUCCAGCGCUCAGUCUGACCCCGUUCAAGCACCUCAGGGUGACGAUGAUCCGGGAUCGUUUGGGGUGAGAGUCCAUGUCCAGGGCAUCGCUGGCCAGCCGUAUGUGGUCCUGAACGCUCAGGGCAGGUGUGCUCCAUGUUCUCCGGAGUAUCCCCACGUCUUCCUCACCGACCCUCAGCGGCAGGAGUUUGUGUCCAGUAUGAGCGGCAGAGCUGCAAGCACUCAGUACAGAUCUCUGAGAGCCUUAAAGAUGCUGAACUACCAGAGGAGCCCUGAGAUCCUGAGAGCGUCCCGCGGCUGGAGCAGCAGCCCUUCCUCGCCCCUGAUGGUGAAGAGAGCCAGGAUCCCCGAGCCAGGAGCGGGCUGGGAGCGAGUCCAGGAGCUGGCGGUGGACAGCGUUCCCUUCCAGCCGUCUCACAUCAUCUGCAGGAGGUCUGCACCUGCCCCAGAGAUGCCCCACAGCAGGAUGAGCAGAUCCGGAGACCAGGAGAACCGGCGCUCCAGGAGUCUGGAGUCCAGAUCACAGAGGUCAGAGGUCACAGGGGUCAGAGACACAUCUGCAGGACAGCAGGAGAGGUCAGAGGUCAAAGAGGAGAACAGCAGCGGCCAGGCCACACCUGAUCUUCUGAAAGGACAGCGAGAGCUUCCGGAUCAGCUCGAUGAGGAAACCGCUAAACUGGUGAUGGUUAACUACCUGAAAGAAGGGUCCUGUGAGGGUGAAGCCAUUAUCAGGCAGAAGGUGGAGCUGAUGUUUGACAGGAUUCACAUGCUGAAGUUCAGUGCGCUGGAGGAGAUGGAGUGUGCAGCUCCUCUGGAGGAGGUGAAUGAUCUUACAGACAGAAGGGCGGCGCUAGAGAGACACGCCACUCACUUACAGCAGCAGCUGCAGGAAGCCCAGCAGAGCAACCAGAGUCUGUCUGAGCAGAAGGAGGAGAGAAACGCUGAGCUGAGGAGACUGCAGGAGGCGCUAGAGAGGAGCGAACAGGAGCAGAUCAUCAUCCGCCACAAACUCACAGACUUGGAGAAAGAGCUGCAGACCUCCCUGGACCAACUCCUGCAGGCCAGAAGAGCUCGUGAUCAGUGUCGUUCUGAUAUGAGGGAUCUGCAGCAGCAGCUGUCUGACAUCCAUGAUGAGUUAGACAGCACUAAGAGCUGCGAGGCUGGAGAGAGAGACCGGCUGCUGCAGGAUCUGUCUCAGCUGCGCGGGGAGUUCGAGGCCCUGCAGCGGGUGCAGGAGGACCAGGAGGAGGCGCUACACCGGCGGGACAAGGAGCUCAGAGCCCUGCAGGGGGCGCUAGAGGAGGAGGUCUCCGCUCACGCCAGAGAUGUGGAGGUGCUUCAGCACGAGCACCAGCAGGAGAUCCACAGACUCCUGGAGGCCACACAGCAGGCCAAAGAGAGUGUGGCUCUGCUGGGUCAGAAGGUUCUGGAGGUGGCUGCAGAGAAAGGAGCCGGUCAGAUGCUGAUCUCAGAGCUGAAGCAGACUAAAGCAGAGCUCCAGCAGAAGAUCUGCACUCUGGAGCAGCAGAUGUCCUCCCUCCAGCGCCUCAUCCAGCAGAAACAGGAGCAGGAGAUGCUCCUCACAGCACGUGUGGAGCAGCAGACGAUGGAGAAACAGAAUCUGGAGGAGGAGCUGAAGGAGGUCAGACAGCAGGAGGAGGACAUGUGUGGAGCCAACCGAGCCCUGAUGAGACACCUGGAGGACACGCAGAGUGAGCUGAGCAGACUGACUCGAGCUCAUCGUGAGCUGAAGGAGAGGUUUGAGGAGGAGCACCGUCAGAUGGAGGAGCUGCAGCAGAGACGCAGUGAGUUAGAGGAGCAGAGGAGGAGCCAGGACCGAGUGUUAGAGCGACUGCAAGAGGAGAUGAGCGCGGCGGUGACGGGGUCGGAGCAGGAGACGCUGAGGCUGCAGGAGGAGGUGGACGCGCUCAGAGAUCAGAGCCAGAGAGAACUGGACACGCUACACACACAGCUACAUGACACACACACACAACUACAGACACACACACAUGCCACACAGGAGUAUCAGAGAGAGCGGUGUAUGUUGGAGGAGAAACUCUCUCGCUGUGAGUUUGAUCUGAACGAGGCGGAACUGAAAACUCAGCAGCUGCAGAGGAGAAUAAAAGAGCUGGAGGAGAAACAACAAACACACGAUGACAGACACAGCAAACUCAUGGAGGUGCGAGUGUGUGAGCUGGAGCGGAGUGUGUUAGAAGAGCGCAGCAGCUCAGACGCGCUCAUGAAAAGACUGGAACGAGGACGAGAGCAGAUGGAGCAGGUGAGAGCUGAAGUGCUGCAGGAACGAGCCACUCGACACGAGCUGGAAUGUGACAAGAUCCGUCUGGAGCGACAGAAUAAGGAUCUGCGGGGUCGUGUGGCGCAGCUGGAGGGAUCUCAGCGCAUCGGUCAGGAUGCUGUGGUCUCCAAACUGCAGCUGCACCUGCAGGAGCUGGAGGAGAGGCUGCUGGGAGAGGAGAGAGAGAAGAGCGAGCUGCAGCAGAUGAGCCGUAGACUGGAGCGCCGCAUGAAGGAGCUGACGCUGCACCUGGAGGAGGAGAAGCUCUCGCUGCAGGACCAGAGAGAUCAGCUGGCUCUGCGUCUGAAAACCCUGAAGCGUCAGCUGGAUGAAGCCGAGGAGGAGAUCGAGAGACUGGAGAACAGCAGGAAGAAGCUGCAGAGAGACGUGGAGGAGCAGCAGGAGCUCAACGAUCAGCUGAAGAUGGAGAUCUGUGGCCUCCGCAACCACAUCAGGCGCAACACGAAACCCAAUAAAGCACAGACUCCAGCUGAUGAAGAUGAUGAGGAUGAUGAUGAAGAUGAGACUGACGUGACACUAGAUGCAAAAUAACUGCUGAACAUGUAACUCAAGUAAUUAAUCAUCUUUAUUUACUAAUGUUACUACGGUAAAACGAGCUGUCACUCAAAACGAGGUUGAUUACAUGAGCAGUGAUGGAUUAUGAAGCUGCUGAUCACAUGACUGAACGGUCGCUCUGAUAUAAACACCUGUAACAUGAAUUCUGUCACAUUCAACUCAGAUUAUUCCUUAUCAAGUCAUUCAUGUCUAUUUGAUCAGAAGUUACUGUGAAAAAUACAUUUUGUGUUUGUAUGUUUUAAUGAAGCUGACGUAAUGUUUCAGCUGCGGUUUGAG